AUGCUGUUCUCCUUGAGGGAACUGGUCCAGUGGCUUGGCUUUGCCACCUUUGAACUCUUCCUGCACCUGCUGGCAUUGCUGGUUUUCAGUAUGCUGGUUGCGUUGCGAGCUGACAUGUUUACACCUUCACUGAGCUGGUGGUUAGUGUUUGUUCCACUGUUUGCUGCCGAUGGCCUCAGCACCUACUUCACUGCCAUCGUAUCCAUCCGUCUUUACCAGGAGAAUGAGAAGCGUCUCGCCGUGCUGCGGCUCCUCUGGGUGCUGACGGUGCUCAGCUUGAAGCUGGUAUGUGAGGUUCUGCUGUGCCAGAAGCUAGCCGAGCAGGAGCAAGCCAGAGACCUGUGGUUUGGUCUCAUCGUUUCGCCGCUGUUCAUCCUGCUGCAGCUGCUGAUGAUCAGAGCAUGCCGUGUCAACUGA